AUGAAGUCCUUUGGAUUAUCGUUCAGCAUUUUCCUGGUCAUCGUCACUUUGUCAUCCUUGGUUGAAAAGUGCUUGGCAUCCCUGGGUGACCACCUUCCUGAGUUCAGGGAUUGUGUCAAGGUUUGCAUAGAAGAAAAUUGCGACACAGGAAAGGGACAGCUGCCCCUUCAUCUCCGAUUGCUCCUGUGGACAUGCCCAUCAGAAUGUGACUAUACAUGUCAGCACAUCAUCACGACCAGGCGUCUGGAAAGGGAUCCUCCAAUGAUCGAACCCGUUGUCCAGUACCAUGGAAAAUGGCCGUUUCAUCGAUUCAUUGGGAUUCAAGAGCCCUUCUCGGUUCUUUUCUCCUUGUUCAACUUCAUUGCUCACCGACAAGGCAUGCAAAGGAUUCGUGAGUCCAUUCCUGGUCGAUAUCCACUGCGACCAUAUUAUCUUGCUCUUGGAUAUUUCGGUCUUGCUAGUUGGGUCUUCAGCAUGAUUUUCCACACACGAGACUUCAAUCUCACAGAAAAGCUCGAUUACUUUGCUGCUGGAGCAAGUGUCCUAUAUGGAUUAUAUUAUACACCGAUCCGAGUGUUUCGUUUGGACAAACCCACUCCAACCAAGCAGAGCAUCUUAAGACUCUGGACAAUUGUCUGUAUCUUGUUGUAUGUGGCUCACGUCACCUACCUCACAGCAUGGAGUUGGGAUUAUACCUACAACAUGGCAGCCAAUGUUGCAGCUGGUAUAGUCCAGAAUGUCCUAUGGACUUGGUUUAGUAUCUCGAGAUGGCGAAAACUGCAGAAGUCCUGGGCUGCAUGGCCUGGUCUCAUCGUUGCAUGGAUCAUCAUGGCCAUGAGUCUGGAGUUGUUUGACUUUGCUCCCAUUGCAGGCAUGGUUGACGCUCACAGUCUUUGGCAUCUUGGAACCGUGGUGCCGACCGUGUGGUGGUACAGUUUUUUGAUCAAAGAUGCACAGGAAGACAUAGCCAGUCAACGUCUCAAAGCUUAA